AGAAAACCAAAUUGCUCCGCCGCCUGGCUUCUGCAUUUGCGCCGAGUUUUCCAAUAAGUUCUCUCGCAGUCCCAAAUACUCAAACCCUUGGAGUCAUAAUCUUUACUCACCUAGUGGGUUUGCUCGGGUGAGGAGAAAAUGCUUGUGUUGUUCGAAACGCCGGCGGGCUUUGCCCUUUUUAAGGUGCUUGAUGAAGGGAAGCUUUCUACAGUAGAGGACUUAUGGAAGGAAUUUUCCAGUGUAGAUGCGGCUAGAAAGGUGGUCAAGUUAAAAGCAUUUUCUAAGUUUGAGAACACGUCUGAAGCUCUGGAGGCUGCAUCCUUGUUAAUUGAAAGUAAAGCUAGUAAAGGCCUGCGCAAGUUUUUGCGUGCCCAUUGUGAGAAUGAAACCUUGGCUGUUGCUGACUCAAAGCUUGGGAAUAUGAUUAAGGACAAAUUGAAAAUAGAAUGUAUCCACAACAAUGCUGUCAUGGAGUUAAUGAGAGGUGUAAGGAAUCAGUUGAAUGAACUGAUACAUGGUCUUGCUGUGCAAGAUAUGGCACCAAUGAGCUUGGGUUUGUCUCAUAGCUUAUCAAGAUACAAGCUGAAGUUCAGUGCAGAUAAGGUGGAUACCAUGAUUGUUCAAGCCAUUGGUCUUCUUGAUGACCUUGAUAAAGAGCUAAAUACAUAUGCCAUGAGGGUUCGAGAAUGGUAUGGUUGGCAUUUCCCCGAGCUUACUAGAAUAAUACAGGACAACAUCCAGUAUGCAAAAGCAGUCAAACUGAUGGGUGAUCGCACUAAUGCUGCAAAGCUUGAUUUUUCUGAGAUCUUGCCUGAGGAAGUUGAGGCCGAACUGAAAGAAGCGGCUAUGAUAUCCAUGGGAACUGAAGUUGGUGAGCUUGACUUGUUGAAUAUUAGAGAACUAUGUGACCAGGUUUUGUCUCUUUCAGAGUACAGAGCACAGCUAUAUGAUUAUCUUAAAAGCAGGAUGAACACUAUUGCACCCAAUUUGACUGCUCUUGUUGGGGAGCUUGUUGGUGCUCGCCUUAUUGCUCAUGGUGGUAGCUUACUCAAUCUUGCAAAGCAGCCAGGGAGUACUGUACAGAUUCUUGGUGCUGAAAAGGCUCUCUUUAGGGCCCUUAAGACGAAGCAUGCUACUCCAAAAUAUGGCCUUAUUUAUCAUGCAUCAUUGAUCGGUCAGGCAGCUCCAAAGUUCAAGGGGAAGAUUUCCCGGUCCCUUGCUGCGAAGGCAGCAUUGGCAAUUCGAUAUGAUGCUCUUGGAGAUGGUCAAGAUAAUUCCAUGGGAUUGGAGAACAGAGCCAAGCUUGAAGCACGCUUGAGGAAUCUUGAAGGCAAAGAACUAGGUAGAUUUGCUGGUUCAGCUAAAGGAAAGCCGAAGAUAGAAAGUUAUGACAAAGAUCGGAAGAAGGGAGCCGGAGGCUUAAUUACUCCUGCUAAGACAUAUAAUCCUAGAUCUGAUUCUACUCUCGGUCAAACUCGUCAUGGUGCUCCUAUGGACGAGGAAAUGCAAGAGCCUCCUGUUGCUGAAGAAAAGAAAGAAAAGAAGAAAAAGAAGAAAGAGAAAAGCAAAGAAGAUGCCGCCUUACAAGUUGAUGGGGACGCUGACAAGGAACCAGAUGAAACGGAGACUGUGAAGAAGGAGAAGAAGAAGGAGAAGAAGAAACGUAAGGAGUCUGCUGAGGAUGGCCAGGUGAAGGCUGAUGAGGAUGAUGCUGAUGCUGGGGAGAAGAAGAGAAAGAGGAAAAAGCAUGCUGAGGCUGAUGAUUCUGCUGAAGCUCCUAAGAAAAAGAAGAAAGAUAAAAAGAAGAAAAGUGAGGAAUAGAAUGUAACAGAGUGUGUCGAUAUGCAAAUGCCAUGUUGGUUUAAGGAUAAUGAUUCUCUCUCCCGCAUGUCACGGGUUCGACAAUAAAGAAGAAAAAUGCAACAGAUUUUGGCCACUCAUUUUCCUCAUCAGAUAUGGCUUGACAAAGCUUUGAAUCCUAGAGGCAUCUGGGUGUUUUAAAUUGUAGAAUUUUCAUUUUUGAUCUUCCAGUGCUAGUGUGAUAUCUAAAUUUAUUUUGUUGUUGUCCCGUGCAUCUAUUGAGAUUCUCUUGUUUCAGACUACCGGAAAAGAAAUAUUUAUGCUAAUCAUAGGAUGGUAUGUAACAUGAUUUUGUGUACCCUCGUAUCUAUCUUGCCAGGUAUAUCAUUAGGUUCUUCAGUA